GUGAAUAGAAGUAAAUGUAUAAAACGAAAAUGCAGGAAAAGCACAUUCUAAAAGAUGCAUGCAUGCAUCUCUCCCCCAUUGAUCCAUCAACCAAGAGAAAAUGAGCUGCUACGGCGACGGUGGUGUGUUUGCGAGGCGUACCAUCUCGUGCGCUUCUGCACCCUGCUCCGCCCCUAGUUCGCCCAAGAGCAGGGUCAAAUUCCUCUGCAGCCACGGCGGCAAGAUCCUCCCCCGCCCCUCCGACGGCCAACUCAAGUAUGUCGGCGGCGAAACCCGCGUCAUCUCUGUUCCCCGAGAUAUCUCUUUCCAAGAAUUAAUGAAGAGGUUGACAUACAUGAUCGACGGCGGAAUGGUGCUCAAGUACCAGCUGGCGACGGAGGAUCUGGACGCGUUGGUGACGGUGAAAAGCGAGGAGGAUUUGGUGCACAUGUUUGACGAGAUGGAGCAUUACCAGAUGAUGGGGCUGCCGAGAAUGCGCACCUUCCUCUUCCCCAUCCACAACACCGUCAUGGACGAGCAGCUGCCUCUCGAUCAGCGCUACAUCUUCUCCAUCAACGGCAUCAUCACCCCCUCCCCCUCCAAAAAGCCCCACCACCUCGCCGUCGGAUCCCUAGCCUCCUCCACCUGCACUUCCCCCAAAUCUCCAGACAGCUACGCCGCCGAAGCGAAUUUCAGCACUGCUUUUGCCAAUGGGAAUAUGCAUCGGAUCCAAAGCUCUCCCAGCAUAUCCAACCUCCUCAACAUCGCACAGCAAAACAACAGCAACAGCCAUUAUUCUCCUCAUCACCAGCUUCCUCCUCAAUACUACCACACCCACUCCGGCUAUAGGUCUCCCAACCCGCCCUUCAGGUCUGGGCCACGAUUCCAACCAGAUUACUCCUCUCCUCCCCCUCACUCUCAAUCAUAUUAUAACUACCCCUCUCGAGAUCGAGGAGGAAAUGAAUAUUGCAGCAAAUGCAUGCACAAUGAUAACUGUGCGCAUUUCUCAGAUAGAACAAGUUUUGACAGGCUCCCAACCUUACCAUGACAUUCAUUUUUUCAUCUUCAUUAAUUACUAGUUUGUAUAUCAGUAGAUGACUCGCCUUCUGUAUCUAUCUAUCUAUUUGUGAAUACUGAGGAGGAAGUGGUGUUGCUCACUGUUGCUGUUGCCAACUUUCUUGUAUUUUUAUUUAAAUUUUCAUUAUAUUUCACUAAUAUAUUCAGUUUUAUUCA